UUGGGAGAAAGAAAUUUGAGGGAAUUAAGGGUUGCUUUGGGAGCAAGAAGAUUUUUGCCACUUCAAUCCUUUUUUAAAUAGGAUUUUAAAUAGGAUGGAUAUUUUAGCCCUCCAAUUCCCUCUAAUUCCCCUUCGACCAAACUAGCCUUGUGGGCCUAAAAUCUUUUUCCUUGCUCACAAACAAGCCGUUAAGGUAUCUAAUUUAGUCCCCGUUUCAAUCUCAUGGGAUAAAAUUUUAGCUUCCGGCUAAACUUUAGCUAUAUGAAUUGAAUUGAAGUGCUAAAAUUUAGCUUCAAUUACCACAAUUAGCUCUCAUGUUUAGAUUACAAAUGACUAUAAGUAGCUAAAAAAAGCUGCUAAAGUUUAUCUCGCGAGAUUGGAACAGAGACUUAGUACAUUGAACAUCAUUAGCAUAGAAUAUAUAUUUAUGUUGAAAAGUGCUAGUACAUGAGAUACGACCAUAAAAUUUGUUGGGAUGUUCUAAUAGGAAAUAGUGGUCAAAGUCAGAGAUGUGCCGCUGUCCAUAACGUCAAGCAUUUGCAAACUGGAGGGGGGUAACUUGAGUGAGGACGUUUUUACGUUUGACUCGAACUUGUUCCAUCUCAUAGUUACCUAGUAGUAAUCUGUUUAGCUGCGGGGUCUGCAUUUCUGGUUUCUGGUUUGUGCCAGAACCAGGAGGCAGGACGAGCCAAGGGUCUCCGCUGUUCGCUCCGUUCCGCUCGGCGGCGCCUUCCAAACCGCACGUCCGCAGUCCGCUGUCCGCAGCGAACACCUGUCCUCCUCCGGUCCUCCCUGUGCGGAACAGUCUCGCCAAUCGCCAUCACUAGUGUCGAUCUGCGCCGGCCUACAGCCUACGUCCGUCGUCGUGUGCGAUGGACGCCUUCUUCAGCGGUCUCGACUCCCGGCUGCGGGAGGCAGUGAAGGUGGCGGACUCCAUCAUGGUGGGGCUGGUGAACGCCGCCAUGGAGGACGCCUACAAGAAGAGCCUCUGGAAGGACGGCGACCUGGAGCGCCUCUUCCAGAAGCUCCGCUUCGCCGAGCUCGCUAUCAUGCAGCUCGAGUGGUGCCUCCGCUUCGUGCGGGGGGAGAUGGAGGCCGACGGCGGUGCCGACGACGGCCACGAGCAGCUGCUAGACGACCUCCUCGAGACGCGGGACCGGAUCCAGGCCCGCCUCGACGAGGCCGAACUCGCCGUCGCCCAGACGGACUGCGACUACAUGCGCCGGAAGCGCGAUGAACUCGACCCGUCGCGCCGCCGGGAGACGCCGUCCGCAGUUGAUCACCGCGGCGCCGAGGUGGAGGGCGGUACGUUCGAGGAACUCAGGGGGUCCGUGGGCCGGAAGAUGACGAGGAUGAGGGCUAGGCUGGAGGACGCGAGCUCCGAGCUGGCGGCGCUCAUGCAAAAGGUCAGCGGCGAGGCGUCGCCGAUGGCGAGGCUGCAGGAGCCCGGCCACGAGGGCGACGGGGUCAAGGGCCUCUCGGGAUUCUACAGCAUGGCGCAGCUGCUUAUGGAGUUCCAGGAGAUGGUCCUGGACGCCGGCGUCCUCAGAGACAGCGUCGCAUCUGCGUUCGAUGCGAUGGAGAGGUCGGUCUCUGCUCAGCGGGCAGCCAUGGAGGAGCAGCAGUGGCUCAUGGAUGCAGAGAAGGAGAUGUACAGUGCCGUCGUUGAAGGUUUUCUCCGGGAGAUCAACGUGGAAUCGACGAAACGCAAUCAGUCUGAGGGAGAGGGAUGCCCGACACCUACAUUGCAUCAUAGCAGAGAUGCUCCUGAUAAUAAUAGCUCGGACGAAUUCCAGUAUCUGAACGAUGAAACUAGCCAGCUGCACUCAGCAAGGCGUAUCCCGGCAGAGAAGUCAGAGAGCAGACUGCGUUAUACUAAUUCAGAAGAGGAUUGUUUCUGUCUCUCUCAAGAGGAAGCUGAAAGGCUAACAGAAACAACGAUUGAUUCAGAAAUUAGAUUUGAACUGCAGCGUGUUUUGUACUCAGCAGCAUUCAGAGACCUAUUAAGCAAACUUUCGGUUCAGGCAUAUCAUGCACAGAGGCUUACAGAACAAAGAGAUGAAACGGAAAUCAGAAGUAAUAUACAGUAUGAGAUGGAUAGUAUCAUAUUCAAAGACUUGGUGAAGAACCUAUGUGUUGAAUCCGUUGAUCAUCUUAUCAAGACCUGGAUCCAAGAUGAGGUGCAUAGAGCUCUUCUUGCCAAGAUUAUGAAUCCUUGGAAGAUCACUACUGAGAUGGUUCACAGCGAGAGACUUAUCAAGGAAGAGAUUGAAUGCAUUGUUUUUGGAGGUUUGAUAAAUGAUUUGGUAAAUGGUCAAAAUUUAAGUGUGGUCAAAUAUCAACACCAAAAUAGACCCAGCGAUAAUCUGGGAAGAUUCGGUAUGAUUGACAGCGCCGAGCAGUUAGUGAAUGGGAAGAUACAAGUCAAUGUAACUACUGAAGAUGAUGGUGUAGGCUCUGAUCAACAUAGAAUACUUGUGAAUCAAGAAGUUUUAGGUCUAAUUGGUAACUGUGACAGGCAAAAUUCAAAAGGAAGUGAUAAGCAAGCUGAAGAAUCAAUAGGCAGAGAUGAUGUUAAGGAACGAUUGGAUGAUUGCAGGAAGCUGCAAACAGAAGAGGUAGCUACAGGUUUGUGCAUGCCUUCUGAAGGAGUGAUUCAAGAAAUCUGCAUUCCAUUGACAAACAUAUAUGAAAUAUUUGGGGACUUUGAGGCUAUUACCUGUGAAAAAAUAGGAACAUCUGUGCUGAGAUUGAGAGACCUGGACAAACAAUUGUCAAACCUGAUUGAAAAAGUGAACUCUCUUAAAACAAGUGAGUUUCUGUACCGGAGCGCUUUCACUAGGAGAUGUUGCGACCUUCAAACAGCAGAAGCAGAGGUGGAUCUUCUUGGCGAUGAAGUGGAGCUGCUUCUUGGACUUCUCAGUAAGACAUACGGAGCUCUGGUUCACUACUCACCAGUUCUUCAACACUAUGUGGGGGUAAUUAUCUAAUUUCACCGAGUUAAAAGGCUUCGAUCAGGGAGGUGCUGAACCUGCUUGGGAAGGAGCUUGCUGUGAGGCCGAGGCAUUAGGUCCAGUAAUACUCCUGUUUUGAAAAAGGAUAUAAUUCCAACAUAGUACUUGGUCAAAUCAUUGAGUUCUGUUAAAUUUUAAAAUGAAGUAUGGAUAUUUAUCAUACCAAAUAAGUAUUAUUAGAUUAGUCAUUUCAUGUAUUUUCAUAGUAUAACUAUUUGGCAUCAUAAUCUUUGAUAGUUUCCUAUA